AUGACUCUCGAUGAAGGCUCUUUACAGGCCAAAUACGACCUGGUCAAUCUCAGCGUGAUCACUUCAACUCAAAUAUCAAGCCGCACUUUGGCCGUGCUCGCUCAAUUCUCACCAUCUGGCCAUGAGAUCGAAAACAACGACCCGGCAACCAUAGCGGCUGCUGGCAACAACAAUGGCAGGCCCGUCAUCGUUGCUCUGACUGCAAGGGCAAAUGCGACGAACAAGCUCAUCAGCAUCGUCGAGAUUGCGAAGCGUGAAUUGACAUCAAAGAAGGUGAAGUGCUUCCAGUACAAUGCCCUCGGCUCAGAGAUCGUGGAGAUCGAACGCAAGUCGAAAAGUGGCAACGAUGAGAGUGAGUCUGACGAUGCCUUCGAGACAAUGGGCGCUGUUCCUCUGUCCGAGAAGAAGAAGCGCAGUAUGCCAGUCAUGACAGUCUAUCUCGCCAUUACCCCCAUAAGGGAACUGAGGUUGGCCUAUGGAGAGCAGACAUGA